AUGGGCUACCUUACCAUGAUUGUAGCCUUAGCACCCAGUGUAGCUGCCUUUUCGGGUGUGCAGACGAGAGCAGGGGCUGUAUCUUUGCAAAAUUCCGAUGCUUUCGGUACCGAUUCUACGUGUCUUCCACGCAGCCGAAAGACCCAUCUCCACUAUACAUCGGGUGCUAGCCAUGAACACACCAUUAACGCUUCAAGCUCUCCCAAAGAGACUACUUGGUGGAACUCCAUCUUUGCUAGAGAAGAGUCUUCGGCAGCGGAUGACUAUCUAGAGUUCUUGGACAAACGCUACAACCGUAUCUUGCACGAUGAGAAUGAGCAACCCAAUGCUUCUUCUUCCCAAGGCUUCUCGGUCCUCAACUGGCUCAACAAAGGGGGCAGUCAGGAACUAGCAGAAGCUGCCGACAAGUCCGACGAUGCCCUCUACGUGUUGGGUGUCGCCAACUUAGCCAGCAAGAAGCUCCUUCAAAAGCAUCAUUUGUUGGGACGGCAAGAACAGGAUCUAGCUUCCAUGGCGCCCAAGACCAUGUUCACCGACGCGGAGAUUGUAGAUUCCACUCCAGCCUCUCUCAAACCCGUGGUGGCCUUUCUCCAGCACGUGGCUCUCCGCCGACAAGCUUUGGUUCAGAGACAGAUGCAGAGCGUCCGCCUUUUCCUCGCCUUCCUUUCAAGAUCGAUCAUGACCGGCCCAUCGACAGCUGUCCGAAAGCUGUUUGCCAUGGGCGGUGCCAAUGAGACUAUCAAUGCCGUGAGACCCUAA